AAGGGAGGAAGGAAACGGGGGGGGGGGUGGUUGUGAGGGGCAGCAGCGAGAUGGAGCAUGCGAGGCCCGUCGGUGGGUUCUGCUCAAGAGAGAGGCGUGCCCUGAGGUCCGGUGGGCGGUUUCCAGAGACUUGGCGAUCACGCACGCUUUUCGGUUCCGCAGAGUCCUAGCUCUCUAUCCACACACACACACACAGACAUGCUUGGCUUCCUCGGGCAUCUGGGACUGGGACUGGGACUGGGACUGGGACUGAGACGGGACCCUCCCAUCGGCGCCGCGACUCCAAGCGGUACAGCAUCGAGGACUUGGCCGGCUCCCCACAACCUGCUUGCCUUGCCCGCUUGGCUAGGUAAGCAGACGUCCGCCGCCGCCAUGCCUUCGUUAAGUGGUGGAUCGCCGCGACUGGCUGUAGAUGGCCGUGGCGGCAUACACCUACGCACGCGCCCUGGGCUCAACCCCUUCCAAUCCUGCGUACAUGCAUACGUACAUCACGUACAUGGAGUUCGGGGAGAGGAGAGCAGAACCCUCCCCCCUUCCCGGCCCCAGAGAUCAUCCCUCGUCAACCUGGAUCCGGCAGCGGUUGAUCUGGAGCAGGGGUUGCUUGGGAGCCCCAUCUCUACUACAUACGUACAUAAGACCCCAUUUUCAUGUGUGACGAAUGGCCUCUUCCCCUCCCCCCCCCCCUUACGCCGAACGGGAUUAUGCAUGCUCGGAGAGCGACGUUGAGCUACUCCCCUCCCCCCCCCUCCUUCUUCCAUACGUACAUACGUAUACGUAGUCGUACAUAUCGGUGGGAAUUCAGGUAGCCUAUCGGGGUGCCCGUGUUGUCACUUGACCACAAAACUGGUGUCCUGGAUUCGAACCCAUGUGACAGAUGGUACUAUCGAGGACCGAUGAAGGUUGAUUGAGCGGUGCGCGGUGCGAAUGCUCCAAGUAGGUAUAGGUUCUGCGGUCGCAAA